AUGUCUGAGUACAACAUUUCUGUCAGAGAACUGUACAGCACUUGCACAGAUGCUGAGCUGGAUGAGCGUGUUUCUGCCAUAAAGGAGACAAUGCCACAUGCAGGAUACAGGCUGGUCAAGGGGACUCUGGUGGCACAAGGGUACCGAAUCCAAUGGAGUCGUGUUAAGGCUGCUAUGCAUCAUGUGGACAGUCUAGGGACACUAUGCAGAAUGACCCAAAUGGGGUGUGUUGUAAGGAGAACUUAUUCAGUUCCCUGCCCUAUGUACCUUGUGCAUAUGGACACAAAUCAUAAGCUCAUAAGAUACAAUAUCGUCAUCUUUGGCUGCAUAGAUGGCUUUUCCCGUAAGAUAAUGUACCUGAGAGCUGCAGACAAUAAUCGGUCUGAAACAAACCUAGCCUUCUUCCAAGAGGCAGUUCAGGAAUUCGGCUAUCCACUCAGAGUUCGAGCAGAUCAAGGGGGAGAGAAUGUUGGAGUGGCUCGCUUGAUGUUUACUGUGCGUGGACCAGACAGUGGCAGCUUCAUUGCUGGGAAGAGUGUCCAUAAUCAAAGAACUGAGAGACUUUGGUGUGACAUCUGGAUGGGGGUGACCAAUGUGUUCUAUCAUGUUUUACACGGGCUAGAGGAAGAUGGCCUUCUUGACUUAGGAAACGCAACACAUUUCUUCUGCCUGCAUUAUGUUUUCCUGCCACGACUCCAAGAAAGCCUCAACUUGUUCAGUAUGGGGUAA